AUGCUUGCUCGCUAUGUCGCCUACACCUCCCAUUUCAUUAGCUCUGCGCCGAAGUACUUAUCUGGUGCCUGGCACUUUCUCGACGACAUUUACUCAACUUUUACUCAUAAUUGGGCUCAUCCUCUCGUGCAGGCAACCAUCGCUGGUUCUCGCAAGACUCGCAGUGAUGCUGUCUCUUGCAAACUUCCUCUCCGCCCUUUUCAUCUUCUCGCCUUCUCCGAACUCGCCCAUCACUCUGGUUGCUAUGAUGAUCUUCUCUUCGUCACUGUCAUCUCCUGUGCUUUUUAUGCCUGCCACCGCAUUGGUGAGCUUGUUCAGCCCAACUCCCGUUCGCUCUAUGACUGGCGCAAAAUCAUCAAGCGGGCAUCCCUCCAUUUCUUCAGCUCUCGAGUGCAAUAUCAUCUUUCGUACCGUAAGACUGACCGCUUCUAUCAGGGAACUACCAUCAUCCAUCUCCCACAGGAUCGUGCCUGCCCAGUGCACUUGCUGUCACAGUAUGUCUCUUGGCGGGAUCACCGUCAUGAGGAUGACUCCGUUUCUACCUGUCUCUGGUUUGAUCAACACCUCUUCGCCCUGCUCGACCACUCCUUUGGUGGCCACUCAGCUCGUGCCGGUGGCGCAACCCUCUAUGCCAGCAUGGGCCUCUCAGAGGACAUCAUCCAAGCACUCAGUCGCUGGUCUUCUCCUUCAUGA